AUUUUUACAUUAAAACUGCAACAGCGAAAGCACACCUCAUCAUGGCAGUCCAACUGUUCAAGAAGAUGGCAUUUUCUUCAGUAUAUCAAAAAUAUAUGGUUCCUGUAUCCAAUGAAGUCAUUAAUAUUCUUUUGUCCUAUGUGAAAGCAAAAACAAAUGAGCAGCCUCUUGAAAUGCUGGUGGAUGUUGGCUGUGGGACUGGACGCUACACUUUACCUCUAGCUCCUCACUUCAAGAAGGUCCUGGGAAUAGACAUGAGUGAAUCCCAAAUAAAUGUGGCUAAACAAAAUACGUUGGCAAACAAUGUGUCAUACAUGGUGGCUUCAGCGGAGAAGAUACCUGUGAAGAAUGAUUCUGUGGACCUGGUGCAUGCCGGACUUGCUGCACAUUGGUUCACAAUAGAUAAGUUUCUCAAUGAGUCAGUUCGAGUACUGAAGACAAAUGGAUGCCUGGCUUUACAUGCUUUUUAUCCAACCCCUGAGAUUGAAUACAAGGAUUUGUCACAUGAUCUGAACGCAGCAAUGUCAAAGGUGUGGGAUACGUUGUUCCCGUAUUUUGAUGAAAACACAGGUCACAUGUUUUGUCAGUACCAAAAUAUAUAUGAGGCUAUUCCACUAAAAGACAAGGAAUUGAUCACAGAUAUACCAGUCACCGUUCAGCUGUCCAUUCCUGAAAUUAUUGGAGUUAUCCAGUCACUUUACAUGUAUCAGGCAUUCAUGGAGAAAGAUGUGAAAGGAGCAAAACAUUUACUUACCCAGACUGAAAAAAGAUUCCGAGAGAUACUUGGAGAAGAGGCUGAUUCUGUCCGUCUGAAUAUGCAUAUUAAACACUAUUGUGCCCUUGCUUGCAAACACUAAGAUGACGACCUACUGAGUCUAUAUAUUCAAAUCAUGAAGUCUUCUUUUUUUCUUCUACUUGUUUCUUCUACUGAACAAAGCUAAUAUGAAUAAAAUCAUUUCAUUAAAGGGUAUCUGUCAGCAGUUUUAACCUAGGUGGGGGCUGGGGGAAUAGUACAAACAUAACUUUUGUGGAGCUUUUAUUAUCAGGACUAG